GACGCGAGUUGAUCGGCGCUUAGCAUAGAAACGGAAGUGGCUGGAGAGAGCAAGAGCAGAGAGAAACUCGGGACUUGAAGGUCCGAUUAGCCAGAAUUUUGAAACUCCGAUUCAUGUCCGGCGCAGUGGUUUCUGUUAUAGAAAUCAGAUUGCGUCACGGCCCCGGUUUUCGUUCACAAUUGAUUGAGGAUUAAUAUUGGAAUUCAGAUCAAGUUCAGGCUAGGGUUUCGUUCUUCUAUUCAAUUAGGCAUUUUGAUCGGGUUUUGUUGAAAAUAGGGGAAGGAUGUCGGCGGCGGAGGAGACAGGCACCAUGGACGAAGAGGUUUUGAGGCUCAAAGAGCAGCUUUCUCAAUGCGAACUCCAAAGGGAGCUGCUCCUGACAGAGAAAGAGAGCUGGAUGGCCAAGGAGAGACUUGUCACGCAGGAAAAAGAAGCAGCAGAAGAAAAGCUCAGAGCUUUUAUAGAAGCGACUGCGAGUGCAAGAUCUGAAUUUGAAAAAAAAAGAAAGACACUCAAGGAGGUCUUGGAGACCAAGAAGAAGAGCGUGCAUCAGUUAAAUAAGGCAAUCGAUGAGUUUCUUGCUCGUCCUGAGGUGAAUUAUAUGGGAAAACGAACACCCACCAUGGAGAAGUUUGAUGGAUUGAUUGCUGAAAUACGAAAGAAAAAAAUGUGCUUACAAGCAGAGACAGAUAAGGUGGACAAGCUACAUUCAGAGAUAUUGGAGAAAAGGGACAAUUUAUUUGCUUUUCUUAAGACUUGUGUGAAAAAUUCAGAAAUCACUGACGAUGUAAAACCUGUGCUCCGACUCCACUAUGAUGCAUAUGUUGACACACUCAAGACUGAGGAUGAUGAUUGUGAAAUGUUAAGAAAGUAUGUGCAUUUUAUUCUGCAACCGUUUGUCAGGCUUGACUUUAAAUCUCCAAUUUCCGCUGCAAUGUCUAAAUUCUUCAACUUCUUUCUAACAAAGGAGUCCAACAAAGAUGCUGAGAUUCAGUAUAUACCGCAGCAUUUGGUGAGACUGUUGCAAAUUAUUAUGGACGGUAACUGCGACAUGGGUGUACGUCAGGUUGCCAGCAUCCAUUUCAAGAACUUCAUUGGAAAGAACUGGUUACCUCAUAAGCCAGAUGAGCAUAAUAAGAUAUCACAAGCUGACAAAGACGUGGUUAGAGAGCACGUUCUUGUCUUUGUUACACAGGUUCCCCCAUUGUACGUUAAGGGUACAACUGGGUGAGUUCCUAAAGACAAUUAUUUAUGUCGAUUACCCUGAGCGGUGGCCACGACUUUUAGACUAGGUGAAGCACAACUUGCAAGACCAACAAGUUCAUGGAGCUUUGUUAGUUUUGCAGAUUCUUUCUAGAAAAUAAGAGUAAGUGUAUCAUAAUCCUAUUCUUAUGAAGUGAUUCUUAUAUAUGGUUA